AGAAAAAAAGGAAAAAAAAGUCAAAAACUGAAAAACUCUGAUGGUGAGUGCUCACUUGAUCCUUCCCGCGUCGUGGAAAAACCCUCGCUCUCCAGUGCCGUCAAAAUUGGGAUCUUUGAAUCAGUGAGCAUGUCCCUCUCCACGCACCGGCCACCUCGUCUUACCUUUCUCUUGCUCUCUCUACUUCUAUAUAUGAUCGCAAGAAUGUCUUGGGUUCUUCUAGUGUUGCACCAAAUCAAGAACCUCUUCGCUUCUUGCGUGGCCAUUGUCCUUCUAAUUCUUCCCCAGAGCAUACAACUUGUAUUUGGAGUAAGCGUGUAUUUAGCUUGGCUUGUGGAUUCUGAUUCUAGUUUGACGCACUGAAAGCUACGCCAGAUUUUGUCAUCAAAAUGGCAGGAGUGAAUCCAAUGUUAGCAGGGGUUUUGGCCAUUUCAUGCUGUUACAGUUUAUAUCUGGCAGUGGCACAAACUACUGAUCCAACAGAAGUCAAUGCUUUAAGGGCUAUCAGAAAUAGUUUGGUUGAUCCCAUGGGCAAUCUCCAUACCUGGAACAGUGGAGAUCCAUGCACAUCAUAUUGGGUGGGAAUAGUUUGCAAUUCUAGUGCAAAUGAUCAUUACCUUCAUGUGCAAGAACUGUUUCUCCUCAACUUAAACCUCAGUGGAUAUUUGGCUCAUGAGCUGGGUCUCCUUUCUCAUUUGAAGAUAUUGGAUGUUAUGUGGAACAACAUAAGCGGAAGUAUUCCAAAGGAGAUUGGGAACAUUACAUCAUUGGAACUUCUGCUGUUGAGUGGAAACCAGCUUUCUGGAUCUUUACCUGCAGAGCUUGGGUACCUUUCCAACUUGAAAAGGAUGCAGAUUGACCAAAACCACAUAUCCGCGUCAAUUCCUGAAUCAUUUGCAAGCUUGAACAGAGUGGUGCAUUUGCACAUGAAUAAUAACUCACUAAGUGGUCAAAUUCCACAAGAAUUAUCCAGGCUAAAAUGCCUACUUCACCUGCUGCUGGACAACAAUAAUUUAUCUGGUUUUCUUCCUUCAGAACUUUCAAAGCUGCCCAUUUUGCAAAUUCUCCAACUUGAUAAUAAUAACUUCAGUGGGAAUACCAUUCCAGACUCAUAUGUCAACAUGACUGAACUCCGUAAACUGAGGCUUAGGAACUGCAGCUUGCAGGGAAGAAUGCCUGAUUUGAGCAUGAUUCCUCAACUCACCUACAUAGAUCUCAGCUGGAAUCAGUUAGAGGGAUCUAUACCAGCUAAUAAGCUUUCUGAUAAUAUGACUACGAUUGAUCUAUCGAACAAUUUUCUUGGUGGGUCAAUCCCUUCCAACCUCACAAGUCUUCCCAGUCUCCAGAGAUUGUCUCUUGAGAACAAUAUACUAUCUGGUCCAGUUCCGGCUUUUAUCUGGCGGAACACAUCAUUAAGUGGAAACAAAACUCUUAUCUUGAAUUUCCAGAAUAAUUCUCUGACAGAAUUUUCAGAUGUUCUCAACCUUCCAGCUAAUGUUACAGUCUUGUUAUUUGGGAACAAGAUCUGUGCGAAUGGAAGCCAAGCCAGCAAGUUCAAGCUUUGUCAGCCUCAGAUCAUACCACUAGAGUUUGGAAACUCAACAAACUCUGAUGAAUAUCGUGAUUCUUGUCCCACAAAUUUAGGCAAUGAAUAUAACCAAUCAUCUCCUAUUCUAGGUUCUUGUGUUUUCCCAGUUGGAGUUGGAUUUCGGUUGAAAAGUCCAGGAUUUUCUUACUUUCAUACAUAUGAGGAUGAUUUCAAGUUAUCUUUACCCUUUAGGGCUUAUCAGUUACACAUUGAUUCAUAUGCUUGGGAAGAAGGUCCAAGGCUAAGAAUGUCCCUCAAGAUAUAUCCAAACAAUUCCAAGCCAUUUAAUGAUAUGGAAAUUCAAGGAAUUGAAGAAAAAUUCCGCAUGUGGCAGAUUACGCUUCCAAGUAUUUUUGGUCCAUAUGAACUUCUCAGCCUCAGAUCUCCUGUGCAAGAUAGUCCAACGGCAAAUAGGGUAACCAAGCUGGCAGCAGCAGGCAUUGUAUUAGGAGCAGUCACAGGUGCCAUUGUUAUGUCUGUAGUUAUUACAGUCUUUAUCAUGAGAAAGCUCUCUAGGAAUCAGGUUUCUAAAAGGCACUCAGGUCAAACAAGCCCAAUCAAAAUUGAUGGUGUAAAAUGGUUUUCAUUUGAAGAAAUGGCAUUGGCUACAAAUAAUUUUAGCAGUUCUAACCAAAUAGGUGAAGGAGGCUAUGGGCAAGUCUAUAAAGGCAUUUUAGUGGAUGGAACACACGCAGCCAUAAAGCGCGCAAGACAAGGAUCUUUGCAAGGUUCAAAAGAAUUCCUUACAGAAAUAAUGUUAUUGUCAAGACUGCAUCAUCGUAACUUAGUUACUUUGAUUGGAUAUUGUGAUGAAGAAUGUGAACAGAUGCUAAUUUAUGAAUUCAUGCCAAAUGGCACACUACGAGAUCAUCUUUCUGCUGGAUCAAAAGCGGCCAUGAACUUUUCUAGGAGGCUGCAAAUUGCUGCAGGAUCUGCCAGAGGCAUACUCUAUUUGCAUACUGAAGCAAAUCCACCUAUAUUCCAUCGAGAUAUUAAAACCAGUAACAUAUUACUGGACUCCAAGUUUGCUGCCAAAGUUGCUGAUUUUGGACUCUCAAAGCUUGCUCCUAUUCCUGAUGCUGAAGGCACUGCACCUGAUGAUGUGUUAACUGCAGUGAAGGGGACCCCGGGUUACCUUGAUCCAGAGUAUUUCCGAACCAAUAUCUUAUCAGACACAAGUGAUGUUUAUAGCCUGGGAGUUGUUUUCCUGGAGUUAGUGACUGGGAUGCUUCCAAUUUCAAAUGGAAAAAACAUUGUUAGAGAGGUGAACCAUGCUUGUCAAUCAGGUAAGAUGUUUUCGAUGAUUGACAGCCGGAUGGAUUCAUACUCUAUGGAAUGUGUUAAAAAAUUCAUGUCGUUGGCGCGUAAAUGUUGUCGAGAUGAAAUGAAAAUGAGGCCAUCAAUGUCAGAGGUAGUAAGAGAGCUGGAGGUCAUCUGGGAAAUGAACUCUGAAUCUGAUACUGAUACUAAUACUGAUACUACAACAUCCCAUUCUUUUUCUUUGAACUCAGUCUUGCAUGAUCCAGUCACAACAUCAUCAUUCCAUAUCACCACGAAGCCUUACAUUCGGUUUGAUGACAACUCCGGUGAAACACCGACUAGUCUUAAUCCCGUCCGCUGCUUGCCGAUUCGGCGGUAGACAUGUUUAAAUCUACAGCACAACAAACACAAUGAAUAGUAGUUUGAUACAGCAUACUCUUGAAUUUCUUGUUUUGUGCAAGGAUUUAUAGGUGCAAAAUUGUAAUAUUUUUGCUUUAUUUUGACCCUUAAUAUUUGAUUAAUUUUGUUUGUGUUGAGAGAUGUAUUAAUUCGAUAAUUCGGUUGACAUGAAUUCAUCAG